AUGUCCCGGUACAGUACAGGCAUCGAAAAUAUUCCCUCGCUUUUUGAUCUAGCGAGUGCACUGACGGGGUUCAUUGCAGAUUUCACGCAAGUUGUUUUCGGAAACACACAAACUUCCUUUACAGCAGCGGCAUUGGAGGAGACUGACCGUGGCAACUAUGAUCCGGUAGCUCGUAGUUGGGAAGGCACGGGCGGCUUAAACUACCGUGUGCCGCUAUAUCCUAUUCCUAGUGAAAGACAUACGCGUGAACGAACACGCAACAUCAAAAUUCUUAUGGACAACUGUCGGCGGAUUUGUGUUGAGGAUGAGCUCCCCAGUACAAAAGAGGAACUUCAAUUUUGGACUGCCUAUCGAUUUAUGAAGUACCAAAUGUACCUAACACCUACGUGUGUGAUAAUGCCACCGCUGUACGUUAUGUGGCGCAUGUUUCACGAUCGCAUUCCACGGCCUUUCCGCGGACGGACAAUACCAGUUACACUUUCACUCGCUCUGGCGGAGCAGUGGGCAGAUGCAACAUACCCCGGUCAUCAGUUCUUGUCGACGGCACUGAGGGCGAAAACACCGAUGGGUGAUGCUGCCAGGGCUGAAUGGUUGCGACUUCAACCAAUCGACAUUCCCUAUUACAUAUACGCUGCCUAUCAGUUUCAGCAUUUCUUUGGAAAUGUUCCCAAAGAGAUUCUGUUUGGUGGGGACAUUGCCGGCUAUUGCAGCUAA